CGGACGCUUCACCGAUCGAGCCACCCAGGCGCCCCCAAAACGCAGCCUUUUAAUGAGUUUGGUCGAUCGAUAGCUCCUUGCGUCCUGUCCUACAUGUACCUGGACAUCUUCUCCCAGCCUCCUACCCCUCACAUAUUUGUAUUCUCCAGAGUGUCUUGGUCCUUCCCACAGAAUAAAAAAGACUGGAACAGUCGGAGCUUUAAUCAAAGAAAGUGGUGUUCAGUUACUGCCCGCAACAGCUGAUACCCCAGGGUUUGGAGAUGGAGCCAACGAUGUCAUUGCUGGCAGUCCCUUACUGAGCACGUCGACAGUAAAUCAGAAGACUGCCUAAGCAGAGUCUCUAGUUCACAGACAUUGGAAGCCUGAAAACGGGGUGCGGUGUUGCCCCUUCAGAAGAUGGACUUAACCCAUUGGACACUGGGUUUAUGAAAAAGUGAAUGUCAUCCCACUUAUUGCCAAGAGCAGACAUGCUCACACCAGAGGUGUGCCAAGUUUAAAAAACAGGUAAAGAGAUCCAAGCACGUAAAGUAAAAACAUACACAUUUCCAGAAGCAGAAGGUGAGGAAGAAGGAAAGCUUGUUAAAAACCCGUAGGGCUGUUCACCUCUCGCUAUGGGAGGGAGUGAUGGAGUGAGCGGAGUUAACUGCAGAGGGUUGGGGGAAGGCUGCCUCCUUGGGUGCCAGCUGCUGGAGCUGAGAAUGGUGAAUGUUGGGGUUUUGCAAUUCUAAGAAUUAGGUUGAUAAGGACACGUGUGCAAGGUUUGGAAGAUGUCACUGAUCGUGUUACGCGGGGGCAAGUGCAGAAGCAGGAAACGGCAGCUGUGCCUGAGAGGGGGGUGGGUAACGAAUAAAGGGCGACAUGCCCAGAGCCCCCUGGCACGAUGGAAGAACGGAGUGUGUGGCUAACGUUGAAGGAGCCGCAGAUGCAGCAGGUGUUUGAGACGAAGGACAAAGAAAAAGAUCGAAAACUGAAGGACUCUGAAGCUGAGCUCCAGCAGCGCCACGAACAAAUGAAAGACUAGAGGAGAAAGAAGUAGGGGAGCGUGUCGUCAGUUUGAAAAGGGGAACGCAAACUGGGAAUCUAUCAACAGCGUAUUUCAGAGUAACCGACUCUUCCAGACCCCUGGAAAAGAACGAGAGGAAAGGGAAGAUCUUCUGAACCCUCUGUGGACCACCAAUUGCAUAAAGACUGUGAACCAUUUCUAAGUUCCCUCCCUGAGGCCGGCGCUCUGUCCAGCCGGCCCACUGCCACCGGCCGUCCACGGAGAAUGCGGAUGCUGGCUGCUUCCUGGGGGUGUCGCUCCGCGCAGAGGUGAGCCCCGGCCAGCAUGGGGGACCCCAGGAGCCUUUGCCCCCACCUUGACUCUAUAGGGGAGGUGACCAAGGAGGACUUGCUGUUCAAAUCUAAGGGAGCCUGUCAGUCGUGUGGUGUUACUGGACCGAACCUGUGGGCCUGUCUCCAGGUCGCCUGCCCCUACGUUGGCUGCGGAGAAUCCUUCUCUGACCACAGCACCAUUCACGCUCAGGUGAAAAAGCACCACCUGACGGUGAACCUGACCACGUUCCGGGUGUGGUGUUACGCCUGUGAGAAGGAGGUGUUCCUGGAGCAGAGGCUGGCAGCGCCCCCGGCAGGCCACUCGCCCAAGUUCUCAGAGCAGGACCCUCCACUGCCCGUGCACCCUCUCAAAACUGUCCCUAUUGCCGUGGCCGACGAAGGAGAGUCUGAGUCAGAGGAUGAUGACCUGAAACCUCGAGGCCUCACAGGCAUGAAGAACCUUGGCAACUCCUGCUACAUGAACGCUGCCCUGCAGGCCCUGUCCAACUGCCCUCCGCUCACCCAGUUCUUCUUGGAGUGUGGGGGCCUGGUGCGCACAGACAAGAAGCCAGCCCUGUGCAGAAGUUACCAGAAGCUGGUCUCUGAGGUCUGGCACAAGAAACGCCCAAGCUACGUCGUCCCCACCGGCCUGUCUCACGGGAUCAAGUUGGUCAACCCGAUGUUCCGAGGCUAUGCCCAGCAGGACACCCAGGAGUUCCUGCGCUGCCUGAUGGACCAGCUGCACGAGGAGCUCAAGGAGCCGGUGGUGGCGGCCUCGGCGGCGCUGGCGGAGGCCCGGGACUCCGACUCGAGCGACACGGACGAGAAGCACGAGGGCGACCGGAGCCCGUCGGAGGACGAGUUCCUGUCCUGCGACUCGAGCAGCGACCGGGGUGAGGGCGACGGGCAGGGCCGCGGCGGGGGCGGCCCGCAGGCCGCGGCGGAGCUGCUGGCCCCUGACGAGGCGGGCCGCGCCAUCUCCGAGAAGGAGCGCAUGAAGGACCGCAAGUUCUCCUGGGGCCAGCAGCGCACCAGCUCGGAGCAAGUGGACGAGGACGCCGACGUGGACACGGCCCUGGCCGCCCUCGACGCCCGGCCCACCGAGGCCCAGCCGCCGUCGCCGCGGUCCUCCAGUCCCCGCCGGAGCCCAGAGCCGGACAACGAGGCCCACAUGCGCAGCACCUCCCGCCCCUGCAGCCCCGUGCGCCACCACGAGGGCCAUGCCAAGCUGGCGGGCAGCCCUCCUCGGGCGAGCCCCGUGAGGAUGGGGCCGUCGUACGUGCUCAAGAAAGCCCAGGUGCUGAGCGCCAGCAGCCGGAGGCGGAAGGAACAGCGCUACCGCAGCGUCAUCUCCGACAUCUUCGACGGCUCCGUCCUCAGCCUCGUGCAGUGUCUCACCUGCGACCGCGUGUCCACCACUGUGGAGACGUUCCAGGACCUGUCUCUGCCCAUUCCUGGCAAGGAGGACCUGGCCAAGCUGCACUCGGCCAUCUACCAGAAUGUGCCAGCCAAGCCGGGCGCCUGCGGGGACGGCUACACCGCCCAGGGCUGGCUCGCCUUCAUUGUGGAGUAUAUCCGGAGGUUUGUGGUGUCUUGCACCCCCAGCUGGUUUUGGGGGCCAGUCAUCACCCUGGAAGACUGCCUUGCUGCCUUCUUCGCUGCCGACGAGCUGAAAGGUGACAACAUGUACAGCUGUGAACGGUGUAAAAAGCUGCGGAACGGGGUGAAGUACUGUAAGGUCCUGCGGCUGCCCGAGAUACUGUGCAUCCACCUGAAGCGCUUUCGGCACGAGGUCAUGUAUUCGUUCAAAAUCAGCAGCCACGUCUCCUUCCCCCUCGAGGGACUUGACCUGCGUCCAUUCCUUGCCAAGGAGUGCACGUCGCAGAUCACCACCUACGACCUUCUCUCUGUCAUCUGCCACCACGGCACGGCGGGCAGUGGUCACUACAUCGCUUACUGCCAGAACGUCAUCAACGGGCAGUGGUACGAGUUCGACGACCAGUACGUCACCGAGGUCCAUGAGACAGUGGUGCAGAACGCCGAGGCCUACGUCCUCUUCUAUAGGAAGAGCAGCGAGGAGGCUGUGCGGGAGCGGCAGCAGGUGGUAUCCCUGGCCGCCAUGCGGGAGCCCAGCCUGCUGCGGUUCUACGUGUCUCGCGAGUGGCUCAACAAGUUCAACACCUUCGCGGAGCCGGGGCCCAUCACCAACCACACCUUCCUCUGCUCCCACGGAGGCAUCCCGCCCAACAAAUACCACUACAUCGACGACCUGGUGGUGAUGUUGCCGCAGAACGUCUGGGAGCACGUCUACAGCAGGUUUGGGGGCGGCCCUGCUGUGAACCAUCUGUACGUGUGCUCCAUCUGCCAGGUGGAGAUAGAGGCACUGGCCAAGCGCAGGCGGAUUGAGAUCGACACCUUCAUUAAGCUCAACAAAGCCUUCCAGGCCGAGGAGUCCCCCAGUGUCAUCUACUGCAUCAGCAUGCAGUGGUUCCGGGAGUGGGAAGCCUUUGUCAAGGGCAAGGACAAUGAGCCCCCCGGGCCCAUCGACAACAGCAGGAUCGCACAGGCCAGAGGAAGCGGCCACAUCCAGCUGAGGCAGGGAGCUGACUACGGGCAGAUUUCGGAGGAGACCUGGAUGUACUUGAACAGCCUAUACGGUGGCGGCCCCGAGAUCGCCGUCCGACAGAGCGUGGCCCAGCUCCAGGACGCAGACAGCUUGCAUGGGGAGCAGAAAAUCGAAGCCGAGACCCGGGCCGUGUGACUUGGUGGGCCUGUCUGUAAGUCCCCUCCCCUUCCAGAGAGCCUCCGGGUCCCUGGCGUGUUGGAAGGGUGCGUCCCUGAACGCACCUUCCGUGAGGCUGAUUGGAGAAACCGUCUCGUGGUCCCCGCUGGGCUGAGUGCCCCAAGUGUCCCCACAGGCCCCUGCCUUCACCCUCCUCCUAGCGGAGGGCACAUUUGUACCCAGAAGAUGGGCCGGCAGCCGCUUCGGAAACCCAGAUGUGUAAACAGGCAGAAAAGUUGUUUUGGUUCAAGCGAGUCGUGCUGCCACCAGGAAAUACAUCCAUCGCAGGCUGUUCAAACGGCCGAGGCUCUGCGACGUGCGUUAACUUGGGUCUUCGUGUCUGCGUGUCACAAGCGUCGUGUCCCCAGCCUGCCCUCGCACUAGCUCGGGCCCAGCUUUUGUACCUGGGGCCCAUAGUCAGGGGUGCAGCCGACCGGCCCCCAGACUCACAGCCCAGAGCUGGGGAGCAGGGAGCCAAGGGUGAAGGUUGGGGUGCAGGAGCCAGGUCCUCCCUGGGACCCACUUUGCCCAACCCAGUGUCACAGACAGGCUCCGGAGUCCCUCACUGCGCCCGGCAUUUCGCCUGCACACUAAAGACUCUGGACUCAUUUGCGGUUGGGACCCAGGGCAAGGGUAGGAUUUGUCAGUAGAGAUAGUUUCUGGAAGAAGCUUCUUGAAGAAGCUAUCUCCCCGUGCAGCCCAGCCGCCCCCACAGAUUAGCUGGAGCUUGCCCCCCGCCCCCCAAACCAGAUGAUGACACAGAGGUCCUUGCUGUCACUGUCUCUUAUGGCUCAAGCACCUUCCCUGGGGGCUGGCGUUAGAAAAGACAAGCUACCCCUUCCUGCCCGGGCUGUGUCAUCCCUGCCGCAGAAGUGUGUUCUGGAUGGUGAGCCAGUGAGGCCAUGGCUGGGGCAGUAGGGGUGAGCAUGGGGGUCCCCAAGGCCAGAGCGUGUGGGGGAUGGGCUGGGGUCCCGGGACCAAAGCCCCACAUGCUGUGGCCUUCAGUCUGUAGAAGCGGACAUCGGCGGAGCUCCGUCAGGCCUUCCAGGCAGAGCCCCGCUGCUCUCGAAGCUGAAGCUCGUAGCUCGCUUCUGCCGUCUCUGCCUGGCUCCUUCCUUACCGAGGCAGCAUGUGAUCAGAGAGCCAGCCGCCGUGGAAUCCCCUGACGUUUGUCACAGCCUUUAGAGAGCCGCUGCAGAGCCAGGCGGCCGCACAUCAUGCUGUUGGUGACUCACAGACUCCACACCGGGUUGUGAACUCGCCCAGGUCUGCGCGGCCUCAUUUGUGUUCAGAAUGUCGUAAUAAAUACACACGUGUCCCCCACA